UCUGGCGCUGCUGCUGCUGCUGCCGCCGCCGCCGCCGCCGUCGCCACCGCCUCCGCCUCCGCCUCCGCCACUGCUCCGUUGCGCCUUUGCCUCUUCUGCUGCCGCGGCUAGUGCUGCGGUCCUUGCAGCUGCUGCGACUGCCAGGACCGCUCUCUCGGCGCAGCGGCUGGGGAAGGGAUUCCGGGGCGCUCGACUGGGGAAAUCCGAGGCCCGACUUCCAAUAUGUACGGAUUCGUGAAUCACGCUUUGGAGCUCCUAGUAAUACGGAAUUAUGGUCCCGAGGUCUGGGAAGAUAUCAAAAAAGAUCUCCAUCCUGCAUCAGAGAGACUGCCAAACAUUUAAUAACAAAUGAAAUAAAAGAGGCACAGUUGGAUGAAGAAGGGCAGUUUCUUGUCAGAAUAAUAUAUGAUGAUUCUAAAACAUAUGAUCUGGUUGCUGCAGCAAGCAAAGUUCUCAAUCUCAAUGCGGGAGAAAUCCUACAAAUGUUUGGGAAGAUGUUUUUUGUGUUUUGCCAAGAGUCUGGUUAUGAUACCAUCCUCCGUGUCCUGGGCUCCAAUGUCAGAGAAUUUCUACAGAACCUUGAUGCUCUCCAUGACCACCUUGCUACUAUCUAUCCAGGCAUGCGUGCACCUUCAUUUAGGUGCACUGAUGCAGAAAAGGGCAAAGGACUCAUUCUGCACUAUUACUCAGAGAGAGAAGGACUACAGGAUAUUGUCAUUGGCAUCAUCAAAACUGUUGCCCAACAGAUACAUGGCACUGAAAUCGACAUGAAGGUUAUUCAGCAAAGAAAUGAAGAAUGUGACCACACACAAUUUUUAAUUGAAGAAAAGGAAUCUAAGGAAGAGGAUUUUUAUGAAGAUCUUGACAGAUUUGAAGAAAACGGCACCCAGGAAUCCCGCAUCAGUCCUUAUACCUUCUGCAAAGCAUUUCCUUUUCAUAUAAUAUUUGACAGGGAUCUAGUAGUAACUCAGUGUGGAAAUGCUAUAUACAGAGUGCUUCCCCAGCUUCAGCCUGGAAAUUGCAGCCUAUUAUCUGUCUUCUCUCUGGUUCGUCCUCAUAUUGAUAUCAGUUUCCAUGGAAUCCUCUCACAUAUCAACACUGUAUUUGUCUUGAGAAGCAAGGAAGGAUUAUUGGAUGUGGAGAAGCUGGAGUGUGAAGAUGAGCUGACUGGGACCGAGAUCAGUUGCUUACGCCUUAAGGGACAAAUGAUCUACUUACCUGAAGCAGAGAGCAUCCUUUUCCUGUGUUCACCAAGUGUAAUGAAUCUGGAUGACCUAACAAGGAGAGGUCUCUAUUUGAGUGACAUCCCUUUGCAUGAUGCCACCCGUGACCUCGUUCUUUUGGGAGAGCAGUUCCGAGAGGAAUAUAAGCUGACACAAGAACUGGAAAUCCUCACAGACAGACUACAGCUCACUCUGAGAGCACUGGAAGAUGAAAAGAAAAAGACAGACACGUUAUUGUAUUCUGUCCUUCCCCCUUCAGUUGCUAAUGAGCUGAGACAUAAACGCCCAGUACCUGCCAAGAGGUAUGACAAUGUCACUAUCCUAUUCAGUGGGAUUGUGGGAUUCAAUGCUUUCUGCAGCAAACAUGCAUCUGGAGAAGGAGCCAUGAAGAUCGUCAAUCUUCUAAAUGACCUCUACACCAGAUUUGAUAUCUUGACUGAUUCACGGAAAAAUCCAUUUGUCUAUAAGGUGGAGACUGUCGGUGAUAAGUAUAUGACUGUCAGUGGUUUGCCAGAGCCUUGUAUUCACCACGCUCGCUCCAUUUGCCACUUGGCCCUUGACAUGAUGGAAAUAGCUGGCCAGGUCCAGGUAGAUGGAGAAUCUGUGCAGAUAACAAUUGGAAUCCAUACUGGAGAGGUGGUGACUGGAGUCAUAGGCCAGAGGAUGCCUCGCUACUGCCUCUUUGGGAACACCGUUAACCUUACAAGCCGGACAGAAACCACAGGAGAAAAGGGGAAGAUCAAUGUGUCUGAGUACACCUACAGGUGUCUUAUGACACCAGAUAAUUCAGAUCCACAAUUUCAUCUGGAGCACAGAGGACCAGUGUCCAUGAAGGGUAAAAAAGAGCCAAUGCAAGUUUGGUUUCUGUCCAGAAAAAAUACAGAGGACGAGGAAACAAAACAAGAUGAGAGCUGAAGGGCCCAGGAGAAAGACAAGCAGAUGGGGGUCCUGUCCCUUGACACCAACACAGCCCAGUAGCAGUGAUUCUAUGUGGCUAUAUAUUUUGCUUCAUCUCUUUCAAUGACCCCAUUCCUUGCCCACAGGUGUGUGUAUAUGUAUAUAUACACACAUACACGUGUAUAUAUUUUUUUCUCUUUGCCUCUAGCUUCUCUAAGCUCAUAUUUCAGCUGUCCUUCAGAGAUUGCUGUGCAUUUGGUGUGGGUAGAUUCUUAGCUCUUGCUCUGUGGAUGAUGUAAAUGAACCUUUUUGUGUCCUUAACCUCAUGAACUGCUGAACAGCAUUUGGCAAUAUGUCUGCGUACCAAAGUUGACCAUUUUUGUUUGGUGCUCUGCACACAUAUUUUUCCACAAGAUCUACUAAAUAUCGCUCUUUGUCAUGCUGGUAUUCAUCAUUCUAGAAUCCAUUCUACUGUUGUCUCUAUUUUAACUGGUAGAAGAAAAUCACAGCACUGGUGCACUUUGGGCAGCAAGAUUUAGGGACCAAGUUAUAGAGUUGUUUUGUUUGUUUAACUGACCUUUCUCAUCUAUGUCUUCAGAAAGCAUUAAUUUCCCAGAGUAAGUUUUAAUACAUUAUGCUAAGAAAAUAACAGCUAUAUCAAGUUAUGAUACAAUUUCCCUUUGUUGGACAACAGGGUGGUGGGGCGGGGGGUAAAACAAAAAACAAAACAUUUUCUAUGAUGAAAAAUUAUACCACUACUCCAAUCAUGUGACAACCACAAUUCCAUGUUUCCUUUACAUUGCAUCUCUUGGAUUCCAUUGUACCUAUUGGACUGAAUAUAAUUAAAUAUAUACAGCUAUGGUUUAGUGCUAUACAGUUUUUCAUUACAUUUUUUUAAAUUUUGGAUUGGGCUGAAUGUCUGGAUGCUCUUGAAAUAUCCAAGAAUGUAGUUGGAAACUCCCUGUUGGGACUCUUGGUGUUAGAGUCUCUGCCUGAUCUUGAUACUUCUCAGAAAUUAGUUUCUUUUGAUUUCUGUAGAUGAAUGUGAUAAUAUUCAUAAUGUGAGGUCCAGAAUAAUUGGCUCGAUCUCUGCAGAGUGUGUUCCUCUUGAAAGAAAAUGUCUGUAUUCUUAAUUAUCUCCCUAAUAUUUUUUGACUAUGUCUUUAUGAAAUAAUACAAAACAGUACAGUGCAAUUAAUUUUGUGUAAAAAAUAGUUUGUCUUUAUAUUUAGUAUAUUGUAUCAACACAUAAAUAUAUGUAUAAAUGUUUCAUGUUUAUGUGUAAAAGAACUGGCAAUAAAUUAUUUUUUUCACUGGUC